AACCAACCAUGAUCACGCGGAUGAACAAGCUGUAGAAGCUGCCAACAUUUCACAAAAUAUAUCUGAAGCAUAUAUUUUAAUGUUUUAUUUAUUAAUUUGUUGAUUUUUUAAAAAUUUGAUCUGGUUUCUGCUAUAUAUAAAUGAUGCUGGUUAGUUUUAAGUGUCCUAAUUGGGAUUAGCACUGGAGCACCGUGGUUGUGUUAUCUAUGUGACCGUCCCAUUUAUGUUUGUGUUGUGUUACGGAAGCUCAGUCUUAAACUGCAAAACAAGUUUACCUACGGGUACAUAUAAAGCAGCCUGAACCUAUAACUGUAGCUAAUAAUGUAGCUUUAACUGUAGCUUUAGCUAGAUUUAACUAGCUUUAACGUAACCAUGGAUAAUGUAUCCAUGGUUACGUUCAAGCUGCACUACGCGUGACACACACUCGUGUAGCGUCCCUUUAACCGCUGGAUGAUUGACACGCCCCCACAGAGCCCCGCGACGCACACGGUGACGACAGACUGUGAGAGGGCGGGCCCACAAGAGCUGUCCGUCAAGGCCGGAGACCUGGUUCAGCUAAUCAGAGAAGGGGAGGCCGGAAAAUGGUUUGUGAAGGACCUCCGCAGUGCGACGGAGGGGUGGGUGUCUUCAGCCAUCCUCCAGGCCCUGCCCUCCCAGUCCCUCACCAGCUCAGAUGGCAGUGUGUCGGGGAACCUCAGCACCUCCACCAGCUACAGCGAGAGCUACACCAGCUACUCCGACAUCCGACCCUGAGGCUCAGAGCCUCCACCCUCCUCCUCCUCCUCCCCAACCUCCUCCUCCUCUUCCUCCUCCCUCUCCUCCUCCUCCCUCUCCUCCCCCUCCCCCUCCUCCCCCCUCCCCCUCCUCCUCCUCCUCCUCCUCCUCCUUCUCUCCUCUCUCCUCUGCUCUCCCCCUCCUCCUCCUCCUCCUCUCCUCUCCCCCUCCUCCCCCCUCUCCUCCUCCUCCUCCCUCCUCCACCCUCCUCCUCCAUGCUCCAGGCCCAAGGCUCUAGGCCCCAGGUCAGGCCAAGGCUCCAGGCUAGCUCGACCUAAGUUGGCUCCGGGCACCAGGCAGCAUGUUUUCCAGUGUUCUAGAAUUAAAAAGAUACAUUGAAUUCAAGGCAGCUUCCCGGAAACACCAUCCUGAUGGAAACAUCAUCCUGGAAACAGCAUCCUGGAAACAUCGUCAUGGAAACACCAUCCUGGAACAUCAGCAUAGAAACACCAUCCUUGAAACACCAUCCUGGAAAAUCAGCAUGGAAACUCCAUCCUGGAAACAACAUUCUUGAACAUCAGCAUGAAAACAUCAUCCUGGAAAUACCAUCCUGGAAACAUCGUCAUGGAAACACCAUCCUGGAACAUCAGCAUAGAAACACCAUCCUUGUAACACCAUCCUGGAAAAUCAGCAUGGAAACUCCAUCCUGGAAACACCAUCCUGGAACAUCAGCAUGAAAACAUCAUCCUGGAAACACCAUCCUGGAAACAUCGUCAUGGAAACACCAUCCUGGAACAUCAGCAUAGAAACACCAUCCUUGAAACACCAUCCUGGAAAAUCAGCAUGGAAACACCAUCCUGGAAACACCAUCCUGGAACAUCAGCAUGGAAACAUCAUCCUGGAAACACCAUCCUGGAAACACCAUCCUGGAACAUCAGCAUGGAAACAUCAUCCUGGAAACACCAGCAUUCAGUUCCUCCACCCAUCCAGGCCCAAGAUGGCCGCCAGUGGAGGCCUGAGGUGAACAAUGGUGGAGACAGAAGGGCAGACGGACAGACCAGAGGAACAAAGCGCUGUGUUGGAGUGUUUGCUCAGUGCCGUCCGCCCUCACACAUGAGCCAGAGAACCGGUUCUGCUACACCUCAAACACAGCCACACACACACACACACACACACACACACACACACACACACACACACACACACACACACACACACACACACACACACACACACACACACACACACACACACACACACACACACACAAUCAAUCAAUCAGACACAUUCAGACACACACACAAUUUGUGCUUUUCCUCCUGUGAGUGAUGUGUGUGUUGACCUGGCUGUAUCUGGGAGUGGUGGGGGCUUUCACAUCAACGUGUGUACAGCAAAGAAAAAGAAUACCUUGCUAUAUUUAAACAAAUUUUUCUAACGUCUGUUGCUGUUUUAUUUAAUGACGUGCAGGCCUUGUGUUUCAAAAUUAAUUUUAUAGGACAUGUUUGCUGGUCGAAAAAGGAAACCACAUAU